GGUGGGUCUAACUUGUAAGAGGGGAAAACAACACAGAGCAGAAACGGAUUGCCUAAAAAGUGGGAUAUAUUUUUAGAAGAUGAAGCUAUGGCGGAAAUUGCAGUUGAAGACCCGUAGAGUUGCGACCGUCGGUCCGUAGAAAGCGGGGAACUAAACUAAAAGGAACUAAACUAAACAUUGCUCGUCUCGUGGGGUGGGGUCGUCGUCGGCGGCUAGGGCUGUCCUUCCUCAUCGAAGCAGCAGCUGUUGGCCUGCGAACAUUCAUCGCCGAAGUAAAUAAUCACGAGCAGGAUCCGUAGCUCUAAAGUGAAAAAAGGUUGAUAGAGAUGGGAAGAAAAGAGAGGGCCAACGAACGCAGAGAACAGAGACGCCAGGAGAUAUCCCUCGUCCGGACCAUUCCUUAUUCCGACCAUCAGAGGUGGUGGAGCUCUGAAACUAUCGCUGUCGUGACUGGUGCUAACAGAGGAAUUGGAUUUGAGAUUGCGAGACAGCUUGCCAUGCAUGGGUUGACUGUCGUUCUAACAUCAAGGGACAGUUGUGUUGGUGAAGAAGCAUCGAGGGUCUUACAAGAAGGGGGUCUAAGUGUGGCCUUCCAUCAAUUGGAUGUUUUAGAUUCUUCGUCAAUAAAACAGUUCUCUGACUGGAUAUGUCAAAGCUACGGUGGUAUAGAUAUUUUGGUAAAUAAUGCUGGGGUUAAUUUCAAUAUUGGGUCAGAGAAUUCUGUUGACUCUGCCCAGAAUGUUGUUGCCACAAACUAUUAUGGCACCAAAAGCAUGAUUCAAGCAGUGAUCCCUUUAAUGAAACCUUCUGCUUCUGGCGCUCGUAUUGUUAAUGUCAGCUCACGAUUAGGCAGACUAAAUGGCAGAAGAAAUAAAAUUGGAGAUGCGACUUUAAGAAGACAACUAGAUGAUGUGGAAUCACUCUCAGAGGAACUGAUUGAUCAGACUGUGUCUGCUUUUCUUGAACAAGUAAAAGAAGGCAAUUGGACAUCAGGUGUAUGGCCUCAAAUAUUUACUGAUUACUCGGUAUCAAAACUUGCAGUCAAUGCUUACACCAGGCUAAUGGCAAAGUUAUUUUCCAACAGACCAGAUGGUUCAAAGAUUUAUAUCAACUGCUACUGCCCAGGCUGGGUGAAGACAGCCAUGACCGGAUGGGCAGGGAAUACUUCAGCUGAGGAAGGAGCUGACACGGGAGUUUGGCUUGCACUGCUUCCAGACCAGGCAGUCACAGGGCAAUUUUUUGCCGAGAGGCGCAAAAUAAGCUUUUAGAAUCAGGCUGAAGAAUGCAGCAGGAUUUGUGUGGCACUGAGAUUGAAAUUGCUGAAUGAAACUGCUGCAGAGAAACUUGUGCUGAACAUUUUGCUAUGAAGGGAUUGCCUAUCGAGUUUUUAGAGCAUCUUCCAAGCGAACACAUGAUUUUCAGCAAAGGCCUCGUUGAUUUUGGAAUCCGAAAUUCCAGUAAUGAGAUCAGUUGCCUUCGUGCUAUGCAGGGAUCAGCAUGAUGUUAGACUGCAGAAUUUGGCUUUACUUCUCUUAUUUCUUUUCCUUUUGUAUUUUUGGGAAAGAAAACUAUUUGGGGGUAAAACUCCUUACCUCCUUGUCCUGAAUAUCGAUGUCUGCUUGUCUGUGGGUGUUUGCAUAAUUUGAAGCUGACGACAACCUGUAUUUUGUGAACAGACAGCUGUAGUUGUAGGUCUGAGGUUUGAUUCUCACUAACUCUUUAUUUGAGUUUAUUGAAUUUGAAUAAGAUGUAAUAUAAAAUUAUAUUGAA